UAUAUCAUUGAUAUUUUCACAUGCAUCUGUAUUGCAGGAGCUGAUUGCGUUAUGUAUUUAUUAUCUUGAAACAAUUUGGUUGGUAGCGUUGGCAGUUGGUGGGUUGUUCGACUACAAAGCCGAGUUUUAAACAAGUUGCCGUGUUGGGAGUUUUAUUUCAGUCGCGAGCGUUCGCUUCCUGUGCUCGGAACGCAAAAAUUUUGUUUUUAAUUAGUGAAGUUAACGCUAUGUAAAUUUAUUUAAUUAAAUCAACAUGACAUAAAAUUGAUUUUAAAAAAUAUUGAAAUGUAAUAUUGAUUGUUUAGUGAGUGUAGUUAUAUUUUGAUUACUAUUAUAAUUAUUAUUAUAGUGAAAUUUUGUAAUCUUUUGUGAAAGUGAAGAUAUUGGUGUGAAAUUCUUACAGUGAAUCAUUAUGGCGACAAAAGUAAACGCUGAGAACGCUAGCGAAUUGUAUUUUAGCAAUUUGCAAUGCACAACUAAAAAUAAAGAAAAAUUAAUUUUAAAAGAUUUAAGUGGUCAAUUUCCUCCUGGAUCAUUAAUUGGAUUGAUGGGACCUUCUGGGGCGGGAAAAACGACUCUUUUGAAUAUUCUAAGCGCAUAUUGUCCCCAAAAUGCUACAUUUGACUGCUUACAACUUAAUGGAGUUAACACUGAUUUUGAGCACUUGCAAAGUAUCUCCUGUUACAUCACACAAGACAUCCACCUUAAUGAUCUGCUUAAUGUCGAAGAAAAUAUGCGUUUCGCUGCGGAUUUCAAACUUGGCGAAACACACUCACAAAUUGAGAAAAAUUCAAUUAUUACAGAAUUACUUGAUUCUUUUGGUUUAUCAUCGUCGCGUUCAACAAGAGCCGGCAAACUUUCCGGUGGAGAACGAAAACGACUCGCACUUGCACUUGAAAUGAUCAGUGAUCCAAGGAUAAUUUAUCUAGAUGAACCCACAACGGGUUUGGACAUUUCCACAACACAUCAAAUCCUCACAUACUUGAAGAAAAUCGCCGGAACGGGCAAGACUGUGAUAUGUACAAUACAUCAAGUAUGUGCCAGUCAUUUUGAUCUGUUUGACCUUGUAUACGUUAUCGCUGAUGGUCAGUGCGCAUAUCAAGGACGGCCGCAAGAUUUGGUUCCGUUUUUGGACGAGCACGGCUUGCCAUGUAACAUUUAUCACAAUCCAGCGGAUUAUCUGAUUGAAUUAUGCUGUGGGGAUUUUGGGCCAGAGAAAGCGAGUCAAUUGGUAAAAGCGUCUCAAAAUGGCGUCACCUACAUUCAGAGGAAUCACAGACAAUUGGUUUCGAGUAGUAUCAACUUAAAACAGAAUGCAAACGCAACAUGGAGUUAUCAGUUCCGCACAUUGAUGGGCCGUGAAUAUGUAAAAAUGCAAAGGAAUUGGCUUUUGACGUAUUUGCGCUUUCUGGGUAGUAAUUUCUUAGGACUCGCAAUCGGAUUGAUAUUCUAUGACGUCGGCUCGGAUGCAAGCAAAGUAUUUUUUAAUUACAAUCUAGCAUUGGCAACAUGUUCCAAUCUUGUGUUAAGCGGACUUUUAUAUCCUAUUUUAUCAUUUCCUCUGCAGAUGGAUGUAGUAAAGCGAGAAAUCCACAACCGAUAUUAUUCUAUAAUUCAAUAUUAUAUAUCAGUAUCUAUUUUGGAUUUACCAAUUUCGAUUCUUACAAUUGCAUCCUCCAGUAUGUUAAUAUACUAUCUGAGUGGUCAAGUAUUUGAAAAGGAUCGUGUGAUGAUAUUUAUCCUGUUUAGUAUUGUAUUGGGUGUAACUGUCAAUGCAAUUGGAUUCUUUUAUGGAACGUUACUAGAUUUAAAUAAUGCAAUAUUUUUUGGUUCCUGCACUCAACUACCACUAAUGUCUCUCAGUGGUUUCGCCAUCAUGCCACAAGAUCUCCCAUACUACCUCGGCAAGUUCUCUCACUUAAUAUAUGCCCGUCGAGGCGUACAAGGAUACCUGGUUGCUAUUUUUGGCUUAGAGUCACGUAAACUUCAUUGUCCAGAAGAGGUGGAGUAUUGUGCUUAUAGCGAAACGCAUCGAUUCAUGAAAGAACUAGAGGUGGAUCCUUACGAGUAUGUAUCGGCGUUGUAUGUUCUUGUGGGAUGGUAUGUUGCCGUCAGGGUGAUAACAUAUUAUACUAUGAGAUAUCGCCUUUCUUUACUGGCGUAAACAUACGAAUACCUAAUACCAGUUUAAUUUAUUGUGUUAAGUUUUGUGUUGAAUUUUGUUUUAAAUUAUUUUGUUUUGAAUAUGAAAUUGUGAUAUAAUAUAUUAUGAGGAUGUUUGUAUUGUAUGGAAAUAAUAGAUGUAUUCAUGCAUCAAAUCCAUGAAUUUGAAUCAUAUAUUUUAAAUCUUUUAAUACAAUUCGUCUGCGCAUCGUGUGCGCAUGUUUUUGAAUUGGCAGCGUCAAUAGAAGAGCAACGCAGUAGUGCGACCUUGCACUCUAGCGCAGCGAGCGUUCAACGGUCAUUUAGUCUUUCAGUUUUGCAGCGAUCAGUGCAACGCGCAUCUCUGCACCAAAAAUUGCUGAAAAUUAAACUGAUUCAUAGCAAACUAGUGUAAUCAAGUGCAACUCUAUACCAAUUGCAGGAAUAUGCUGUCUUUCAAUCGGUGCGAAUGUUGAAAACGUUUUAACGUUUUAACGUUUGUAGUGCGCUGCAAGAGAUGCGCAUUACGCAUCGCGCACUGACGCGUCUCUCAGUCGGGUACCACUUCGAGUGUCGCGCACAGCUCAACGUUAAAAUCACUGAAAAUAAAAGUAAUCUUCAGAAUAUUAUAGUGAUCAAGUGCACCUCAGUACUAAUUGCAGUAACAGAUUAUUAAAAAAGGUAUUUCGAUGAAUAUUUCGAUUGCGGACAUCUCGCAAACUAAAAUAGAUAGGAAUCAGCGGAUUGAAGAUUCUUAACGUACAGGAAAUUCUCUAAUACACAAAAAGAAAUUUUAAAAGAUAUAAGUGGGCAAUUUCCACCUGCGUCUUUGAUAGCUGUGAUUGGUCCUUCCGGUGGAGGAAAAACAACUCUUUUGAAUAUUCUCAGCGCUUAUAGUCCACAAAAUGCCUCAUGUGAUUACCUACAAGUUAAUGGAGUUAACACAAACUUUGAACAUUUACGUAACAUCUCUUGCUACAUCACGCAAGAUAUCCAUCUUAAUGAUUUACUUACUGUCGAGGAGAAUAUGUGUUUUGCUGCGGACUUUAAACUUGGUGUUACGCAUUCGCAAAUUGAAAAAAACGCAAUUAUUACAGAAUUAUUAGAUUCUUUUGGUUUAUCAACAAUGCGUACCACAAGAGCUGGAAAAUUAUCCAGUGGAGAGCGAAAACGACUCGCACUUGCACAAGAAAUGAUCAGUGAUCCAAAAAUAAUUUAUCUAGAUGAACCUACCACUGGUUUGGAUAUUUCAUCAACAUAUCAAACGUUGGCGUUUUUAAAGAAAAUCGCUGCGCGUGGAAAAACUGUGAUAUGUACAAUUCAUCAAGUGUGUGCAAGUCAUUUCAACAUGUUUGACUUUGCGUACGUCAUUGCUGAUGGACAAUGUGCGUAUCAAGGACGGCCACAAGAUUUAGUUAUGUUUUUACACAACCAAGGCAUGCCAUGUAACAUUCAUCAUAAUCCAGCUGAUUAUUGAAAAGGAUAUUUUUUAGUAAUGGAAUUGUGUUGUGGAGAUUUUGGAAAGGAUAAAUUGAGCCAAUUAGUAAAAGCGUCUCAAAAUGGCGUUUCAUACAUUCAAAAUAAUUCCACACAUUCAAUAUCGAAAGAAAUCAGCACUAUAAAACAAAAUGCAAAUGCCACAUGGAAUUAUCAGUUUCACACAAUAAUGGGUAGAGAAUUUGUUAAAAUGCAAAGAAAUUUGUUUUUAACAUAUUUGCGAUUUGUUGGAUGCAAUUUUCUUGGCCUUGUAACUGGUCUGAUAUUUUACGAUUUUGGUUUGGAUGCAACCAAAGUAUUUUUUUUAAUUACAACGUGGUCAUAUCAAUAGUUGCAAAUUCAAUUUUAACAGGCGUUUUAUAUCCUAUAUUAUCAUUUCCUAUGGAAAUGGAACUUGUUAAACGUGAAGUACACAAUAGAUACUAUACCGUAGGGCAAUAUUACAUGUCGGUUUUCAUUUUGGAUUUACCAAUAUCUACGCUGACUGUGAUUACAUCUAAUAUGUUAAUCUAUUAUUUAACUGGUCAACCACUCGAACAGGAACGUGUGAUACUAUUUAUUAUUGUUAGUGUAGUAAUGGGUGCAACUACGAAUGCAAUCGGAUUUUGUUUUGGGACUUUACUGAAUUUUAAUAACGCAAUAUUCCUUGCUUCUUGUACUCAAGUGCCUCUAUUAGCGAUUAGUGGAUUCGCCAUUAUGCCACAGGAUAUUCCGUACUUGGUGGAUAAAUUCUCGCAAUUAAUGUACGUUCGAACUGGCGCCAAUGGCUUUCUGGUUGCCGUUUUUGGUUUGCAGCCUCGAAAACUUAAUUGUCCCGCAGAAGCGGAGUAUUGCUUUUAUAGUAACACGCAUCGUUUCAUGAAAGAACUACAGAUUGAUCCUAAUGAUUAUACUUCAGCGUUGUAUGUUCUUGCUGUUUGGUGUAUAUCGGUCAGGGUGAUAACGUACUACACAAUGAGAUACAGGCUAUCAUUACCAAUUUAUAUACCCUGUAUAUCUACGAAAUAGAAGAAGAUUUUAUAGUUUUUCGUCCAAAAACAUUAAAAGAAUGAAUGAUUCAAAGAUAUUCAUUACAUAAGUGUGAAUUGUAUUGUUAUUGUACAAUACUAUUGUUAGCAUCUGAAAGAGGUUAAAUUCAGAUGAAAACCUAACCCUGAAAACGUUAUAGUUUAAAUCUUAUUACUGUUAAAUUUUCAUAUUUUUAUUAAAACAUCUCACAAUUAC